AGCGCCCAGACCGGGAUGGCGGCCGUUUUGGAGUCGCUGCUGCGAGAGGAGGUGUCGGUCGCAGCCGCCGUGCGGUGGAUCGCGCGCAGCGCUGAGAGUUCGGAGGAUGACCCCCCGGAGGCGGCCGCGCUGAGCUCACUCCGGCCAUUGCGGAAGGAAUUCGUGCCGUUCCUGCUGAACUUCCUGAGGGAGCAGAGCAGCCGUGUCGUCCCGCAGGGUCCCCCGACGAGGCGGGGCCCGGGGCAGGCCCGUGAGCGAGGGGGCCGCGGCUUCGGGAGCCUGGAAGAGGGGGUCGGCGGGGAGAGCCUGCCCUGGGCGGGGGGCCGCAGGCCUAGGGCCUCUGGCAGCCCCAUCCGCGCGCGCUCUGAUCCUCCAAACCUCAGCAACCUGGAGGAGUUCCCUCCAGUAGGCUCGAUUCCCCCGGGCAAUGCAGGGACGAAGCCUUCACGCAGGAUCAACCCAACUCCGGUGAGCGAAGAGCGGUCACUCUCCAAGCCCAAGAUCUGCUUCACUUCACCCCCCAUCAGCUCUGUCCCCAGUUCCCAACCCUCAGUCCUGGACUCUAGCCCUUGGGGCCAUGGCCUUACCCCAGGGUGCGGAAGUCUGCAAGAAGAGCGGGAGAUGCUCAGGAAGGAGCGCUCUAAGCAGCUGCAGCAAUCACCUGCUCCCACCUGUCCUACCCCAGAAUUGGGGUCUUCCCUCCCCAUCCGGACAGGAAACCUCACAGCUGAACCUGCUGAUCCUGCCAAAGUGUCUUCUCGCCAGCGCCUAGAGCUGGUAGCCCUUGUCUAUUCUUCAUGCAUUGCAGAAAACCUGGUGCCAAAUCUCUUCUUGGAGCUUUUCUUCGUCCUUCAGCUGCUUACUGCCCGGAGAAUGGUGGCUGCCAAGGACAGUGACUUUGAACCUAGUCUGGGAGUCCUAGAUUCCCUGGAAAGCCCACUAUUCCAGAGUGUCCACGAUUGUGUCUUCUUUGCAGUGCAGGUUUUGGAACAUCAGUUUCAAGUUCUUUCCUACCUGGACAAAGGGACCUUGAAGCUGUUGGCUGAGAAUGAGCGGCUGCUAUGCUUCUCACCAUCUCUCCAAGGCCGCCUUCGAGUUGCCUACGAGGGCAGUGUUGCCAAGGUCUCUCUGACGAUGCCACCAUCUGUUCAAGCUGUCUCCUUUCAGCCAGAAACUGACAAUCGUGCCAACUUCUCCAGUGACCGAGCCUUUCAUACUUUUAAAAAGCAGAGAGAUGUAUUUUAUGAGGUACUUCGAGAGUGGGAAGAUCGCCAUGAGGAGCCUGGCUGGGAUUUUGAGAAGGGCUUGGGCAGCAGGAUCAGAGCCAUGAUGGGUCAACUCUCUGCAGCCUGCAGCCACAGUCAUUUUGUUCGGCUUUUUCAAAAACAACUUCUCCAGAUGUGCCAGAGUCCUGGUGGUGCUGGGAGCACAAUCUUGGGUGAGGCUUCUGAUGUGUUAAGUAUGCUUGGAGCUGACAAGUUGGGACGGUUGCGGCGCCUACAGGAACGGCUUGCAGCCCCUCAGAGCAGUGGUGGUCCCUGCCCACCCCCAUCCUUCCCAGGCUGUCAGGGAUUCUUCAGGGACUUUAUCCUGAGUGCCAGCAGUUUCCAGUUUAAUCAGCAUCUCAUGGAUAGUCUGAGUUUGAAGAUCCGGGAGCUCAAUGGCCUUGUCCUGCCUCAGCCUGAGCCUAGUGAUGAAGAUGGAGAGUCAGAUGUGGACUGGCAGGGUGAACGGAGGCAGUUUGCUGUGGUGCUACUGAGCCUGAGGCUUCUGGCUAAAUUCCUGGGCUUUGUGGCUUUCCUGCCAUACCGGGGGCCUGAACCACCCCCAACCCGUGAGCUCCAGGACUCCAUUCUGGCCCUGAGAAGCCAGGUGCCCCCAGUCCUGGAUGUACGAGCUCUGCUACAGCAGGGGCUACAGGCCCACAGAGCAGUGCUCACGGUGCCCUGGUUGGUGGAGUUCCUUUCCCUGGCUGACCACAUUGUUCCCAUGCUGGACUAUUACCGCAGCAUCUUCACUCUCCUACUACAACUACAUCGGAACUUGGUUUUGUCAAAGGAGGGUGAAGGGGAGAUGUGCUUUCUCAAUAAGCUGUUGCUGCUUGCUGUCCUGGGCUGGCUUUUCCAGAUUCCCACAGUCCCCGAAGACCUGUUCUUUCUGGAAGAGGGUCAGUUGGAGGUCUUUGAGAUGGAUACAAAAGCUUCAGAGCAUGGUUUGGAUGGCAUGCCUGUGGUGGACCAGCAUCUACUCUACACUUGCUGCCCCUAUAUCGGAGAGCUCCGCAAACUGCUAGCUUCAUGGGUAUCAGGCAGCAGUGGGCGGAGUGGGGGCUUCGUAAGGAAAAUCACCCCCACCACCACCACCAGCCUGGGAGCCCAGCCUCUCCGGACCACCCAGGGGCUGCAGGCACAGCUGGCUCAAGCCUUUUUCCACAACCAGCCACCCUCCCUACGCAGGACUGUGGAGUUUGUGGCAGAGAGAAUUGGCUCUAACUGUGUCAAACAUAUCAAGGCCACGCUGGUGGCAGAUCUGGUGCACCAGGCAGAGUCACUUCUUCAAGAGCAGCUGGUGACGCAGAGGCAGGAAGGGGGAGAUCCAGCCCAGCUGUUGGAGAUCUUGUGUUCCCAGCUGUGCCCCCAUGGGGCCCAGGCAUUGACCCAGGGGCGGGAGUUCUGCCAAAAGAAGAGCCCUGGUGCCUUGCGGGCACUCCUCCCUGAGGAGACUCCAACAGCUGUUCUAAGCAGCGCAGAGAACAUUGCUGUGGGGCUUGCAACAGAGAAAGCUUGUACUUGGUUGUCAGCCAACAUUACAGCGCUGAUCAGGAGAGAGCUGAAAGCAGCAGUGAGUCGCAUGCUUCGAGGCCAGGGUCCUGAACCGGCUGCCCGGGGGGAUCGGAGGGGCUGCUCCCGUGCCUGUGAGCACCAUGCUCCCCUCCCCUCCCACCUCAUCUCCGAGAUCAAAGAUGUUCUCUCUGUGGCCGUGGGGCCCCGGGACCCUGAGGAGGGAGUGUCCCCAGAGCAUCUUGAGCAACUUCUAGGCCAGCUAGGUCAGACACUGCAGUGCCGCCAGUUCCUGUGCCCACCUGCCGAGCAGCAUCUGGCAAAGUGCUCUGUGGAGUUAGCAUCCCUCCUUGUUGCAGACCAGAUUCCUGUCCUAGGGCCCCCGGCACAACACCGGCUGGAGAGAGGGCAGGCUCGAAGGCUCCUGCACAUGCUGCUUUCCCUGUGGAAGGAUGACUUUCAGGUGCCUGUUCCACUGCAGCUGCUGCUGAGCCCAAGAAACGUGGGCCUUCUGGCAGACACUCGGCCCAGGGAGUGGGACCUGCUGCUGUUCUUGCUCCGGGAGCUGGUAGAGAAAGGUCUGAUGGGACGGAAAGAGAUAGAGGACUGCCUGGACAGCCUCCGUGAGGCCCAGUGGCCAGAGGACUUUGCUGAAGAAUUAGCAACACUCUUCAACCUGUUUCUGGCUGAGCCCCAGAUGCCAGAACCCCAGCUAAGAGCUUGUGAGCUGGUGCAGCCAAACCGGGGGACUGUCCUAGCCCAGAGCUAGUGUUCAAAAGUGGCCCUGCCUUGAAGUCUCACCAGAACCAUGGCACUUCACCUGACUGUGCCUCAGGAGGAGGCCCAAGAGCCCAGCAUCACCCCAAGUGCCCAAUGCUGACUCACUCUUGCUGGUGCAGGAGUAGCUGAAUCUGUAAUCAGGCUUCCUGCUUACAUGUGAAGUAAGUAUUGGCUGCCUGGCCUCUCUUUGACUGCAGGCUCGCCACCCUGAGUCCUAGAAGGAGGAGGGUUUGCCUGAUUCAGGAUUAUGGUGGAAAAGCCUAGAGACUCCAGUCCUGGAGCGGAAGAGUUGGCAUUUAUUUCUUGGAUGCUAAAUGAAAUGAUGUAUGUGGGCUUGAGCCCCACUUGCUGCUAUCCCAGCAUCUUUAAGACUAUGAUUUGGGAAAUCAUGACAGAGCCAAAUGACGUACUGCUUAACUUGUGAGUAAAGUUAAAACAUGAAUCUUGGGAGUCUACAUUUUCUUACCACCAGGAGCUGGACUGCCAUCUCUUUAAAAAUGCACAACAGAUGAGAUGGGGCUCUCCCAACAGCAACCCAGCUCUACCCCCACACCUCCCUGCUUUAAGCCCUCUGCAGGUAACUCUUGAUUCCAGCUCCAACCAGAGGCCAAGCGUGGGGCAGAACACUAGAGCUUUUUAAAAUAAACUCUUCACCGAGGG